AUGUUCGGACGAAUCUUCGGUUCUACGUUUCGUAGCCUCGCCUCACUUCUCGCUGUGGCCACCAUACUGUUCUUCAGUCUUGCACUAGCCAACGUCGAUGACCCAGCAAAAGAUGUCGCACCAUACCACACCGAGUUCCCUCUCUUCCGCAGUGCCAAUAUGAACUGCCCAGACGAGCUAUCGACCGGCAUUGGGUUUCACUCGUUUCGAAUUCCUACUAUUGUCACCACGAAAACCGGCCGCAUCCUCGCCUUCGCCGAAGGGAGAAGAUUCAACCGAAACGAUUGGGGUGACAUCAAUUUGGUGUAUAAAAGAACAAAGGCGACAACUAGCCAUGGUGCUAGUGAAAGUGACUGGGAAAGCUUGCAAGAGGUGAUUUGCAAAGGAGAUGGGACUUGGGGAAGCCCUACCCCUGUCGUGGAUGGCGAUACAAUAUAUCUGUUCAUGAGCUGGAACGAUGGCCAGUACAGCCAAAACGGGGAUGAUGACUUGCCAAAUGGCGAGAGAACAAAGAAGGUAGAUUCUACGUGGGAAGGGAGGCGGCAUCUGUGCCUGACCAAGAGUACUGAUGAUGGCAAGACCUGGUCGACGCCAGAGGACCUAACAAAAACACUUACUCCGGAUGGAAAGGCGUGGGAUGCCGUUGCCAACGGCCGCAACAUCGUUGGGCGUGGCACUCCUGGCCAGCGUACCUGGACAUAUCAAUCUCUACCAGGGGUCGGAUCAGAGGGGACUAUCGCCCAAACGCCCAAUGGCAAGCUAUAUCGUAACGAUCGAGCGGGGAAGCCAGACGAUUAUACGAAAGUUGCUCGAGGGGAUCUUUCAUCUUUCGGAGCUUUUGCACUUGAUACCGGACUCCCGGACCCAGCGUGUGAGGCUUCGACCUUGCUCUACAACUUGGCGAAUGAUGCUGGACCUGCUCGAGUGUUGUUUAAGAACUCGGCUCAUAAGGAUUUGUGA